AUGCGAUCAAGCUUGUCGUCAUUGAACUCGUCGCACUUUGUGCCGACGCUGCCGUCGUCGGCCGCCGUGCCGUUCGACGCCAGAAACCUCGAGAUCAAGACCAAAUCCAUCGAGCAGACCCUGGUCCCUCUCGUUUCGCAGGUCUCUUUCCUUUCUUGGAAGAAAAAUGUCUUGACUUCUGUAGUGACCUUCGAAAAUAUCUCCAAAAAAAGAAUUCAAAAAAAAUUUGAAAAAAAGUGUUUUUUUGAAUUUUUGUGCAAGGCUUUCCUUCCAAAAGCCCCAUUGAAAGCCGCUUUUCGGCUUUCUUCUUGUUUUUUUUCUUGCUCCAUCCAUUCGGCCCAUUUUUUCUAUUUCCUGUUUUGAAAUAAUUUUUUCAGAUCACCACUUUGGUGAAUUUCAAGGAGUCCUACCUGACAAGCGGAAAACCAAAGUCCGACAGGGCCAUUCGAGCUGCCCUCAAGGUUUCCUUUUUUCUCUUAUUUUUGUGGUUCCUGUUGUGAAUUUAUUGAUUGAUAGGAAUUUUUCUAAAUCUUCUCUGUUGGAUUCAAAUUUACAAAAAAAGUUUUUUUCUUUGUUAGAUAUUAUUUUUCUUGCUUUAUUUAAGGCAUGAUUCUUCAUAAAAGCUGUUUUUCUUUUUCAUUCGGAACUCUCAAUUUUUCAUCCUCUCAUAUGGAUACAUUAAAAAGCAACUUUUUCGGAAAAAAAACACUUGAAAAUUUUCCAAUUUUUCUUCUCUAGGAGUUAAAUUUUCAAUCAAACUAUGAGCUUGUUUUCGUUUUUCUAAAUAUAAUUAGGUUCAUUUGAUUGCGAAUUCAUUUCUGAAAUCAACUUCUCCAGAUCGGCAGCGCAGUAGAAGCGGCGAUAGAACGGUUCGUCUGCGUCGGAGAAACGAUCGCCGACGAGAAUUCGGACAUCCAGCCGGAGAUGUACGACGCCUGCAACGAGGCUCGUCUUGCCGGUCCGUUUCCUUCUCCUUUUGCAAAGUUUUCGUUAUCCUGUGUUUCAAGUGAAAAUUUUUAUAAAGUAAAUCUAAAAACUUUGAUGGAUUUAAAACUAAUUCAUAUUAGCGAAUUGAAUAGAAAUCUCACUAUAUGCUCAAAGAUUCUGGUUUUCACAUGCUUUUCCCCUUCUACAACACAAGGAAAAGGAACGCAGAGAGUUUCAACACGUAACGAAUGAUUUGUAGAAAGCUAAGAGGUCAUUCUGUCUAAACUGUUUACGUUUAUUUGUUUAUUUCAUAGUUGUACUGAACAAAAUUCAAAAAAAUACUUUCAGAAUCAAAAAUUAGGCUGAAAAAAACUUUUUUUCCUUUCUCUUCAGGAAUUCAAAAAGAAAUUUUUUUAGUUAUGAACUAUGAUCAACUCCGGAAGACUUGUGAUAUCAACAUCAAAAAGUAAUAAAAAAUUUAUUUGUUGGAGUGAAUAAUUCAUGAACAGAGAACAGGCAAGGAAAAAUGAUAUUCAGAAAACUUUGUUGAGCCGAAAAAAAGUGUAGCUUGGGAAAAUCUCAGAUUUCAUGCGGUUCCCUUUUUCCGCCGAUUUGGGCCUUUUCUCCUGUUCCGGCGGCUACACCUUUUUUCGCAUUUAUUUUCAGUUUUUUUCCUUUAUUUGGUUUUUUUGUAGCCUCCGAUUUUUCUAGCUUUUAGUUUAGGCUUAUAUUAUUUCUCAGUCUUCGGGAAUUAAGGAAGUCUGGUUUUCUUUCCUGUAAUAAGGAAAAUUAAUUUAGUGUAGACUUUGGAAAUUUCUAAAAGUCGCUGACAAAUUUCUAGAGGUGUCUAGCUAAUUCCCCUAAUUUUAGAGAUACGAUUUUUCAAAAUCGAGAUCUUUGAAAAAAAUGGGAUAGUUCACACAGGUUGCGACCGUUAAAAAUCUUUAUUUCUCUGAAGAAUGUUUGGGCGAAUCUUUCUCACUCGUUUUUUAAAAUGUGUCUUUCUUUCGUUUGCACAAUAAUGAAUAUAAAAACGAACGACUAGUCUCAACUUAUUAUUGAGAAAUCCAGACUUCACACGAGAGUUCUCGAGGUUUCAUGGCGAGCAGAUGACAUUUUCAAAGUUUCGUUAGGAUAUUCAGUUUGAUUUUCGCCAAUUGAUCAUCUAAUGUUCCCAAUGAAUUGGGCAUUCAUCAAACGAUGUAUAAUUUAUAACAAAAAGGUCCAGGAGCAUCAAUGGCGAAUCUUUCUUGUGCGUGUUCGACGGACGAGUCUUCGUCGGUGGUCGACAAGGCGGUUCUGGUCCGCGCGAGUCGCCAGCUCCUGAGCAGCGUCACCCGGGUGCUGCUCCUCGCGGACCGCGUCCUCGUCAAGCAGAUCCUCCGCGCAGAAGACAAAGUCAGUUUGGACAGAAAAACUCGCAAAAUUCUUUCAGAAAAAGGUUUUUGAAGUUUGUUCGUUGGGAACCGAUAGCGGUUUUUUGACUUGUUUAGCCAGAUAGAUGAAAUAAAAUUCCGCUCACAAGGGCGGUCAUUUUAUUUCGCGGUUGAGAAUUUCCUGAAAAACGACCAGACUUAUUCUUACUGUGAUUUUGAAAGAUCCUGAAAUUUUCAAACCGCAAAACUUCCUAGUUUUCAAGAAUAAAAGCUGAAAGUCUCCAAAUGGCUCAUUUUGAAGGGUUUUGAGGUUUUUUUCGACUUUGAGCCCUUAUAUCUCGAAAAAUGGGAAGUUAUGCACGUUGAGACUUCCAGGGUGAUCCUCGGGUACAUCAAAAAGUGUUCUGGCUAAUUUCCAGGAAAUUCCCUACCGCAAAGUGUAAUAAUCUUCCUUGUCAGUACUUUAUUCAUCGAAAAAGCCGAAUUUGAAUAAAUUUGAGAAAUUUCUUUUUUUUUCAGUUGACAGAUUUUCAGAUAGCCUUCUCAUUAUCACGCCUGGAGUCCACGCGGUCAUUCAACGAUUUCGUCAAAGUGUUUGCUGUUUUUGGUGGCGAAAUGGUUGAAUUGGCGCACAGAAGCGGGGAUCGGUUCGGAUUUUUCUUGAAUUAUCGUUUUCAGUUCAAUUAUUCAGACAACACGACUUGAAAAGCGAGAAAAGACGAGCACAAAUGUCUGUGGCGCGGACAGCCUUGGAAAGGUGAGAAUUUCGAUAUCUUAUUGAACUUUCAAUUCGAAAUGUCCUAAAAUGCACGUUAAUUGAAAAUCGAUGGUUGAAAUCAAUUAACACGUAGCCUCUGCGAUAUGGUUGCUUCCAGGUGCUACCGAUCUGAAACGACUUAAGCGCGGAUAGAUUUUUUUUUCUCAUCGCAGUUUUGGAAACGAAACAGUUUCUCUACACGUGAGAGAACCUGAUAAGUCUUGAGAAAAAAAAAUUGAGCUUCAAAUAGCUUCACUUUUUCGAUAUCGAACUCCAAUCAUAUACAAAAAUGUUACAAAUCAAAAUCAUGAAAACAGAAACAAGUUUUCCGAUUUUAGGCUAACGAUGCUUCUCCUCACAUCUUCUAAAACCUUUCUACGACACUCCGAUUGCGAAUCGGCUCUGCAAUGCAGAGAUGGGGUUUUUGAUCAAGUAACCUAGGUUCUUUCGGUUAGUGGAGAUGUUCAUGGUUUCAGAUUCGAUUAUCACUAGAACUGAUCGCAAUUUGCGUGUGCGACGGAGUGCUGACCAUGGAGAAGAACAGGUACGCGCCGGAGGACCAGCAGAUGCCCAUCGACAUCGCCUUGCAACUCACCGCCAACGCCGCCAUCAAACAGCUCACCGUACGUCAUGCAGACGUCGCAGUAGCUGAACAAGAGUUGCAGGAGAUGCUGGAGAUGAUCCGGAUGACGAGUCGGGUCGGCGCCGGCGUCCGAGAAAGGAUCGUCGCCGCCCUCGACGCCCUCUGCCAGCUGACACAAGACUUUACCGACUCGGCCUACACGCCUCAUCAUCAUCGGGAACAAGUUCUGGACUUCCUUGAGGAGUGCCGCUUCGAGAUGACCAACCUCAUCCAGCCCGACGUCAGUAAUGCGAUUUCACUCCUUACUAACAAAGAAAUUCAUUUUUCUUUGCGGUUUCCUUGAAAGUUGGCCAGAGUACUUCUUGAGGGACUAGCUGACGAUUCUUAAAGUUUCGACCUGUACUACUUCCUAGUUCAUGAGAAAGCUCAAAGUCGAAGAAAACUAUUAAUAGGAAAUUGUGAAACUUUCGGUGAUUAUGUACUACCUAUUUUAUUUAGGAAGAUUUAGAAAAAAAGGAGUUCGAGAAAAAAAAAAUUCGGUAAAGGCUUAGUCGGAAAAUUCGCAAUCUGAAAGUUCCUUGACGGUAUAAAAAAAUUGGAAUAGUCGAAAGUUCGCUAAUUUUUAUUUAAUACCCCCCGAUUUCUAGAGAGAUCCUAACCGAAAAGGGAAAUGAGUACCAUGUAAAAGCUCCUUUUCUACAUAAAUACUCUUCGUAUUUCAAAUGAGCUUUCAGCGUGUUUAAAAUAUAUAUUCAUAGAGGUUUGAUCCCAAAACAAUCAAAAUUCAGGAAAAUGAGCAUUUGGCGUCGAGCGGACUAGAAGUGACCGUGGAACGAUUAAAUCGGCGGUUAAAAGAUUUGAGUAAACAGCUGCAAAUUGUCGCGAUGGAACAGGUACAGGAAUUGCAGGAAAUUGUAGAAAUCGAUAUGGUUUCAGAUCUCCGAAGUAUUACGGGCGAAUGAAGACCAAGUACUUCUGUCUUCCAUGAAGGCGUGCGCCGUGGCUGGAGACAUCGACGGCGUCGAAAAGUACAUGCACAAAUUCCGGGAACACGCAGAGCACAUGCAAGAGGUGGAAAUUGUUUUUAGUUAACCAAGCUGGUGAACUCAGGGAGAAUAAAGUACGUCGAUGUAAAUUGGCUUUUUUUUGUCUUCUUUAUUUUUAUUUCGAAGCUUCCUCAAAUCUUUUCGCGAUUUCAUCGCAUAUACAGUACGCGAAAGAUCUCAUACCCUAUGAAAGAAAAACAUUUUUGAAAUUUCUAAUCUUCAAAAAAGUUGAAAAAUGAAAAAAAAAGACUGGAUCAAGCUUAAAAUCGAGCAACACUGCUUAAAAGGGUCUUUUCAGUAUUAGGAUGGAGUAUUAUUCCAAAAGGCCCCUUUUCCCAAUCCCCUGAAUUUUUUCCACUACCGGCAACAUGAGAAGCUUUUUAUUUUUCAAUACAGGAACAUUUAAAAGAAAAGAUUUUUGUUAGGUUUGUCGUCUUUUGCACCACAUUUCGAUCACCGACGCCUUGCACGUCCACACCGGCCAUGUUGAGAGAAACAUGCGAGCUUUGGCGCCUUUGGUCCGUUUCCAUUCCCAGAAAAACAUCUUGAUUAGAAUGAAUUUCAGACGUUACAAGCUGGAAGAACCCUUUGUAUUCAUCCGUCAAGUCGGAUUGCUCGCGAGAAUUUGGAAGUUUUUUGCGACACCUGGGGUCAAGCGGUUAGUUCUAUUCCGGGGAUUAAGCUCUAUCCUCCUUAUAGUGUCGUCGUUUGAAUUUUGAAAGCCGUGGAAAAGAAAAUUUCAUUCAAAGAGGAUAGGGAAAGAAAGUUGUAAGGGCGAGAAUAAAGUGAAAGUAAAAUCUUCUCAAUCUUUCAGUUCACGAUUCCACCAUAAACUCAAUUAGUCACCCACUUUUGGAAAUGAGUGAUAUGGUUCUUGGGACCAGGGGAACAUUUGUUUGCUUUUAAAAAAUUUUCCAGAUCUUUUCUCUUUAAAAUUCACUGAUUUCAUUUUCAUUUUGAGGAAUCGAUGGUAAGUCCGUUGUUUCUUGAAAUGAGGUUAUUUAAAAAAGUUUUAAAGGCAUCGAAGUUGGAAUUGACAUAAAUUAUUUCAAAAUAGUUUUUGCCUUGGCCUUAUUAACCCUUUGGAAUGAAAAUGAAACAUUCAGGCAGACAAGAACGGACAAUAAAGGGUUUUCGAUUUUGAAGUUGAGGUAUCUUGAAGCAUACGUCGGCCGGAUCCCUUCCCGGGGUGGUGGAAGAACUGCGGCCUACCCCUGAAAAGUAUUUCAGUGCAUUUUUGAAUAAUUUUCGCACGAAAGGCCGGAAAAGACCAGCCGACAUAUGUCUUGAAGUCUUUGCAAAUACUCAUAAGUUUCUCAAUAACUGACAAAUACCCAAGAGCGAUACUUUUUUGAAGUUUAAGAUCCCUUUUACUUUCCCAGAGCUCGCUCAAUAAGUUUUUUCAGGUAAACGACCUGUCGCGAGUGGCGAAAGAGUCAGACGUGGCUGCGAAUGGAAGAGUCGCCGCCGAAAAGCAAGCCUACAUGUCGCUGCCGAGGCCUGGCGUGAGUUUCCUGAGUCAGUCGAGCCCAGUCUCGCAGCACCCGUCAGGCUCGGGCUCCUCGCAGCAGUCGGUCCGCAGCACGCCGAUUCUGCCCUUCCAGCGGUCGUUCGAGUCGCAGACCGUCAGUCAGCUCAUCACCGAUGAAGACGUCGUCAGCACGUCGUCGUCGGCCGAGAAAGGCAAGGCGACGCCGAGGAGGAUCGUCGCCCAACAAGGCGACGACCUCAGCUCGGCCGGUUCUCAGGAGGAGGACCGCGUCGACGCCUUCCGCUACCGCAUCAGUCUCAUCAUCGAUGACUUGCAUGCCAAUUCUGUGAACGCGUAG